AUGGCCUCAGGUCCCAUCUCUGUGUCCAAUGGCUGGUGGACUUUCACCAACUAUGCCCCCCUAACCACGACAUUCACUCCAGCCCCAAGCUGCACCGCAUCCGACAGACUCAGUCUCGGCUAUAUCAACCACGGCUACGUCUACCUGGAAUACGGCGUGCAAUGUACCAGCGAUGUGCACUAUAGUGACUGUCUGCCCACGGCCACGACAACGGUAACCACCAUGCCAACUCCCCCCAACGAAAAGCCCUGGGUGGGUAUUGGGGGCUACUACUCGCCGGGUCUGUACUGUCCUUCAGGAUGGGAGACUGUGGGCGUUGCGGCGUGCGAUGCCAGCAGCACGCUUACUUCGUCGGGGAUUUUGAGUACGACGCCGGCUGUGACGUUUAGUAGUUCGGAUCCGAUGUCGUAUUAUUAUGAGACGGCGACGUGGGAUGAUCCUGCGACAUUGUUGAAGAGUGUUCUCGAGCCGAGUCAGACGAUGGCUGUUUGUUGUCCGAGCUCCUUCACUGCAGACGCCUACGGCGGCUGCUACUCCAUCGCUUCGGACUACAAGCCUACCUGGGGCUGUCAAGCUUACACAGGAUACAACUACGAGUACGGCGAGGUAACAGAGACAUACACCCACGGCACACGCACGCGCACGCGCACCUACGCCGGAGAUGAGCCCACAACUACCAUCUAUGAAACCGAGACUGAUACCCAUUACUUUAAACAUUACGAAACUAGCUAUUACUCGGCUAUCUCGUAUGUCCCCAUGGUUACCCUGUUGCACCAUGAGUCGGACUUGGCGAGUGCUAGUUUGGCUUCGGCUUCGGUGACGGGGACGGGGGCGAACGCUAGUGCUAAUGCUACUGGGACUGCUGCUGCGACUUCAAAUGCGGCUGUGAGAUUGAGUGGUGGGCGCGAUAGGUGGGGUGGGAUUGGGCAGGUGUUUGGGGUCGUGAUGGCGGCUAUGGGGCUGGGAGCUGCUAUUGUGUUGCAGUAG